AUGGUUAAGGAGAAUGGCGACCUUGAAGAGGACGAUGUAAUGGUGUGCUGUGCUCUCUGCUGCAUCAAUUGCGGACUGUACACCGAGUGGGACUGCAUGGGAAUCUCGGCAAAGAUUGGGUUGCUUUGCAUGCAUUGCAAAUGUUGCUGCAAGUGUAGAACCACUUGUCUACCGUGCUAUUGCUGCGGCCCGGUUUGCCAACGGAGUGGGUGCGCUCUCCUGAAUCUCCAGCUGCACGCUUGCUGUGUGGUUUUGACAGGAGCUUUUCCUUGUAACCAAGAUGUACCCUUGCUCCUGAACAUCUUAGGCUGGAAUAUCUAUCCAAGAUGUGGCUGCUACGAGACUAUCGGGUACAUUCGAGGCCACGAGGAUGAAGGAUACAUUGAAGGAGAACAGAUGGAACGAUGA